GAAAGUCAUUUAUGGGUUUAGAGUAGUUUUGGAUGAUAUAUGCAAAGGGGGGCUGCAUAGAAGAGAAAUGUUAGAUGCAAUGGGGUGGACUGAAUUAGUAAGUAGAAAGGUGAGGGUUUACCUGCAAUUGAUAAAGAUUUUUUAUGCAAAUUUGAGUGAUUCGGAGGAUGGAGGGUAUAGAACAACAGUUCUUAAGAAAACUUUUGAAUUUGAUGCUGAAAUCAUAAAUGAUGUUUUACAUUUGCCAAAUGAGGGAGCCAUGGAAUUGAAUGCAUUUACAGAGGAAUCAAGAAAGAAAUUUAUCAUGGGGGAUGAGUACAAUGAGGGACAAACAUUAACCAUUCACCACUUGAAUUUGGAGAAUCGGUUAAUGUUUUGGAUUUACAAUCACAUAAUUUUGCCAAGGCAAGGUUCUUUUGGGAAAUUUAGUGGUCUGGAUUGUGUGUGGUUUGCAUAUAUUCUUGAUCAGAGGCAGAUCAAUUUAGGACACCAUAUUAUGAGACAAAUGGUGUAUUAUAGGGGUAGAUCGACACUCGCACUAGUGUAUGGCACUCUCAUCACAUUACUUAUGGAAAACGCGGGUGUUGUUUUGCGUGGUAUGGAGUCCCGAGACCUACACAGUCACAAACUUCUAAAUGAGAGUUCACUGAACAAAAUGAGGUAUAUAUUCAGUGCAAGAACAAAUUCUUGGGAAAUGAAGCAGAAAAGGAGAAGAGGAGGACAAGAUGAUGAAGGUGAGGGGUUUGAUGAUGAAGAACAUGCCGAAGAAACUAAAGAAGCAGGUCCCUCACAAGCUGCUUCAUCUCAAGUUCCUCAAAGAUUAACCACACAGAGAGGAAUGCAGCUCAUUCUCGAGAGACUUGCACGGAUUGAAUCGAAGCUCGAUGAUACAUUCACGACUGUCAGAUGGCAGCAUCUAUAGGUUACUUUUAGUGUUUUUGAUGUCUUUUUAUAUUAUUUUGGGCUGAACAUUCAUUUAUUUAAGACCCAAUUCGUGGUUAUUAGGUUUAGGACUUAGGGUGUUAGUUUCCUAUUCUGAUUAGGAUUUGUUUUCUCUAUUUAAAAGGCUUGUAACCCUAAUGAGAAGGAGGCUAUUGAAUCUGAGAUUUUGAGAGACUUUUCUCUUUGGUUCGUUUCAGAACUUUAUAGAACUUAUCAAGAUUAUUCUUAUGGCGUUCUAACCUGACUUAUCA